AGAAGUGGCUACAUGAAUCAUUCAUUAAUAGACAGAGUAGAGAGAGAGAUUCCCAGAUUCUACUCUGGGGAACUAAAAAUCUCUAGGCAAGAACAUCAAUACAAGGAGUUUUCCUUCACAGCACAAAACAGUCCCACAACUGGUUCGCCCCCUUCCAAAACAACCUGGGGAAGAGCUUCCUUCACUUACGGACGGCCAGACUAUGUCGACACUCUUUCUAAUCAAUUUUCAUCCCUACCAAGCUACAUGGCCGACACAGAAUCUUCCAAGGCUAAAGUCAGGUCACAAAGCGAACCGAAACAGAGACCUAAAGAAAGCACCAGAGCUAAAAACAAGCAAACUACUUGGAUGGAUGGACUGAAUGGCCUCCAAGAUGCUCAGUCACAAUGCGCAUCUUCACACUCAAAACGCAUGGUUCAUGUAAACCAAGAUCCAUGGUUUAUAAAACUCUAUAGACCAACAAAGUCAAAGGACAGUUAUUAUGAUGCCAACAUCACAUCUAGCACUCAAGAUUCCAACUACAGCAAAGUUCUUGUCACAUAUGAGCCCCAUCUGAAUAUCUACUAAAAGUUCACCCGAUGGCCCAUGAUACCAGCUAAAGAAUUUUUGGAAUCAUGAGACAAGCUAGUUGCUAUCAUGCUAUCAUAGCAAAAGCGUCAAUUGUUGUAAAUCUGUGCAUUCAAUAUCUACAGGAGCUUUUUGGCUCAGCCAUGAAAACUUGACAGAGAAUUAUUUAAUUGACUUAGUUUUUUCUUACAAGGAAAAACAAUAC